AUGGAGACGUCGGUGAAAGCAGCCGAGGUGUUGGUGCCUCCUAAGCCUGAUGGAAAAGCUGAGAACACUGAAGCCUCCUCUUCCUCCGACCCCAUGGAGGAGUUCAAGAGACGGCUGGAGGACAUCAUCAGCACCCACGGCUCUGCAGCCGAGCUCCUGGACAAACAGAGUCUGAUGGAGGCAGAGAUGGAGAAGAUGAAGAAGGACCCAAGAGAUGACAUCCCUGUGGCCAUGGAGACAGAGGUCUGUCUCAUCAUGAAGAGUCUGAACAAGCUCUCCUCUCCAGAGAAGAAACUAGAGAAUGUGGUCAGGAAACAUGCUGAACUGACAGCCCUGCGGCGUGCCGAUGAGAGGAAGCUGUGCGUCCUGCAGAAGAAGUUGUCCUUCCUGCUGGACGAGCGGCAGCAGCAGCAGGAGGAGAGUCGCAGCAGCGCCGCCGCUCGCAGCAAACUGGAGGCUCUGUGCAGAGAGCUGCAGGGACACUGCGACGUCCUGAGGGCGGAGACCCUUCAGCGCUGCAGGGAGGACGAGGAGAAGAGGACGGAGAUCACCACCCACUUCCAGAUGAUGCUGACGGAGAUCCAGGCUCAGAUCGAGCAGCACAGCACCCGAAACGACAAGCUGUGCAACGAGAACAGCAACCUGACAGACAAACUGGAGGGCCUCAUGAACCAGUGCGAGAUGAGGGAGGAGGGUUUGGAGAAGAUCAACAAGCAUCGCGACCUGCAGCACAAACUGACUGAAGCCAAACUGAAGCAGGCUCACGCUCUGCUGAGCGAAGGCGAGGAGAAACACAAGCGGGAGAAGGAAUAUUUACUGGUUCAGGCCGCUGAGUGGAAACUGCAGACUAAGACACUCACAGAACAGGGGACAGUGAUGCAGGCACAGCUGGCCCUCUAUGCUGAGAAGUUCGACGAGUUUCAGGCAACGCUGGCCAAAAGCAACGAAAUCUACGUCCGCUUCAAGAAGGAGAUGGAUAACAUGUCAGACAAGAUGAAGAAAAUGGAGAAAGAGUCGGGUCUGUGGAAGACAAGGUUCGAGAGCUGCAACAAGGCUCUGACUGAAAUGAUGGAGGAGAGAACCGAGAAAAGCAACGAGUACGACCUGUUCGUCCUGAAGAUUCAGAAGCUGGAGAGGUUGUGUCAUGCCCUGCAGAGCGAGAGGGAAAUCCUCUAUGAAAAGAUCAAGGAAGUCCGCCAGGCUAACACCAACGUCCCUGCAAAGGUCUUCAGCAGCUCGAACGCCGACGAAACCCCCAACCCAGAGGGUGUUGACAAAUCUGCCUCGCUGAUACCUGUGGAGGUCCAGGAGCUCCAGGAGCUCGAGAAGGAGGACUCUGUCUUAACGGAGGGUAUGACCCGUCUGAAGGAGGAGCAGGCCAAGCUGCAGGAGAUUGCCGCCUCCCUGAUGGCCACACCUAGCGACAAUCACGAAGACGACAAUGAUGACGCAGACACCGAAGAAGACUUGAUGUACUCUGCGUUUGUCCAGUUCAAAACCAAAACCCAGCUCAAAGAGGAAGCGGUUUCAGUCCCUCAACAGGUGGUAGAUGUCAAGUCAGAGGCAGCAGAAUUGGUUCUCCCACAGCCAGAUAAACUUGAGGAGGAUCCAAAGCCUUCUGAAAUGAUACCAACAGACACAGUAAAGGUUCCAACAAUGGUCCAGGAUAAAGAGGUUCAAGCAGUGAAACUAUGUGAGGAGAUCCAGCAGCAACCUGCUGAACCAGCACUGACAUCUGAGCCUGAAAAAGUCAAGAUCGACCCACCAACAGAGCAGAAACCAAAAGCAGCAGAGGCCGAGAUCUUGGUCAAGGCAGCAGAGGUAGAACCAGUGGUCCCAGUGGGAGACAGGAAGGUCCAGGCUGAACCAGUGCAAGGACCAGAAGAAGCACCAACCAAGUCAGAAUCAGCUCCACCCGCCGUAUAUACACCUAAAACGACUGCCGCCUCAAUUGCAGAGUCCUCCAAGAAGCAAACACCGAAGAAAAAGAAGAAGAAGAACAGCAAGAAUGCUAGCUAAAGUUUAGAAAAGUGUGUGUGUGGAGUGAUUUGGGUAUAGUGUGUGUGUGUGUGUGUGUGUGUGUGUGUGUGCGUGUGUGUGUGUACGUAACUGAAAUCAUACUGUGCUGGUAAAGUGUUUUGUUCUUCACUUUUCUCAAGAUUCAAUGUUACCAGAUGAGGACAGACAUUUAAAUCUGACUAUAUUUCAAAGCCUGGUCGAGGGAAUAAAACACUUUACUGAAGUAUAGCAACGCAACGUCUAAAACGUUAACUAAAGGGCCCUAAAGAGUGAAAGUCUGCCUUGGUAAGCAAAGUGCCAAAACAAAACCCCGGUUGGUAUCUAUGCCAGUAAAAUUGCAGUAUCUUUUAAACUAGAAAUCACAGCAACUCGAAUAAAGUCAUUUUCUGACAAUGUUACAUUUUUUUGUCUGCUUUUUAUUUAAUUUAACUAGUUGUCUGAAAUCUCACACAAUUUCAUUCCAAGAUUUUGGUCUUGUGACGUGUACAUCAACGUCUCUUUACUGCUAUAGUUGUGAGGACUCUCGUUGAGUCGAUAUGUUCCUUGGCCUCCCAGACACCAGAUAUAUUUGCUUUUAAUAAGUAUUAGUGUGUUCAUCUUGGCUCACUUUGACUUUAAAUAGACUUUGAUUCAAUGAUAUGAUACACUAAAACAGGAGAAGUUCCACUUAACUUUUUGUACAAAGUGUAAAUCAGGAUGGGACUUAACAACAAUAGUGGAACAUUUUGACUAGAAACUACCUCUCUGCAACUACUCACGCUGCUCCACAGUGCAGAGCUUGUAACAAUAGUUUGCAUGAGGUCGCUAACCUUUUACAGGUCGACAACCUGUCAACAUCAAAUUAAACAGGUAGAAUACCGAUAUGUACAUCACCAAUUUGUCAAUUAACAGUUUCCCAAGCAGUGGCAGUGCAGAUCAGAUCAGUUAUUAAGUUCACUUUAAGGUACAACAAAUGGAAAUAAUGAUACAGAAGAAUAAAACAUAUAUAAAUAACAAAAAAGAUUUACCACAAGAGCAGAAUUAUCUGCUGUACUUGUGAGGACACUCAUUGAUGAAUUGUAUUUCCUACGCCAACUUCUGAACUUCACCAUCAAACUCUAAAACAGUUCUGGUGAGGACGAGACAAAAUGUCAUCACUUUUCAAGAAAGUCCUCGUUUCUAUGUCUACACCUAUUGGUCCUCACAAAGGUAGGUAAGCAAGAAGACACACACUCAGAUUUUAGUGUGGGCUACCAGGUUUAUUCCACAACCAGAGCUCACAGGUUUAAUGAUGUAUGUAUUAAGACAGUAAGUGUUACCACCACCUUCCUCUACUGUCAAAAGCUUGGGAAUAUAUAUUUUUGAUGAUGCAGAACAACAUCUCCACUAGAUGGCGGUGUUUUCCUCCACAGGUGAAGGGUUUUACACCUGUUUAUUACAUUCAGAAGGCACAACAAUCUCACAGCCACUAGAUGGAAACAGUGUUCUUCAUAUCACAUGUAAUUCAUAAAAUAUGUGAUUUCAAGGCAUUUUACAAUGAUUUCAAGGUUUUAUUCCCACAUUUUGCAGUCACAUUAAAUGUUGUCAGUGUUUAUGUCUCUGUCAUUAGUUUCUCCUUUGAUUUGAUUACCAAACACACCUAAAGCCUUCUUGUUGUUGGUUUAAUACUCAACAGUAUGAUACUUUAUAGAUAUUGAUGUUUUAUUUGUUAUUAAAACU